UUUUGCAUUACCCCGACAAUAGUAGGCCACUCCCCAGCUGCAGCGCAGGUCCUACACCCAUUCUCUUAGUACUUAGUACGGGACAGGCCUAUUUAUCCUCGGGCGAUCAUUCUCCUGAUCCCGCUGGCCAUUAUCCCGGAUCGCGAGGUCUCCUUUGCAACGAACGCGGACUCAUCGUUCGCGCGCAUACCUGCUAUCCAUCAUCUCGUGGCAUGCUUGCUUUGCCUGAGCUAACCCCUGUUAUUCGGCCUCACUAUCAUCGACUCUCACACGACCGCUGGUGAGCUCGUUCUUACAUCGUACCGACACACGACCAGCGGCAAGGGCUCUGGGGAAAAGGGAACCCAAAGCCCAACAUCUUACUCUCAGCCAUGCAGAACGGGGCCAGCAAAAUGUCGGGCGAGGGCUCGGUUGGAAAUCGCCCGCCCUCUACAGAAGCAGACAGUGAUGAAGCCAACCAAUUCCCUAGCGAGGAUGAGGACCACGGCGACCACGAAACACUCUGUCGUAAUGGGAAGAGAAAACGUCCUGUCUCGGUUUCAUGUGAGCUAUGUAAGCAAAGAAAGGUUAAGUGUGAUCGUGGGCAACCAUCGUGCGGCUGGUGUAGCCGCAAUGGCGCUAUAUGCGAAUACAAAGAACGCAAGAAGCCUGGUUUAAGAGCAGGCUAUGGUCGCGAGCUUGAGCAGCGCCUCGACAAGCUUGAGGAGAUAUUGCGCUCCCAUGCUGAGAUUCUCCACGGCAACUUGGCAUCAAACACAAAUCCUGUCUUAGCUGCCAGUAUUCGGCAUAGUAACCCAAGUCUUCCGAGCGAGCAAGGAACUCCACGGGAUACUCACCCAAACCUCUUCCGACCUUCAGAACCAGUUCGAACACCCCAAACCGAUCCUGUCAUGUUUGGUCAGAAGGCACCCAGCUCCAACUUUGCCCCGAGCACACAGAGUCUCGAUUUCAACGUUGCUCAUACACCUAGAAUGAACGAUGGGUACCAGAGUCAGAACCAGGCGUCGAUGUCAGGUGUGGCAGCAUCCUCCCAGUUAUCACCCAUGCAACAUGCCGCUGUCACUCAAGACUAUUACACGUCUGUGCAACCCAACAUUCAUUCACCCACGGCCCCACUAUCAUCGGCUCCAGGCACAUCGACCCCAGAUCGAGACAUGCCGCCUUACGACCUUCUCUAUGCACUUGUUGAUCUCUACUUCAAGCAUAUCAAUACUUGGUGCCCCAUUCUGCACCGCAAAACAACUCUAGAUAGCCUUUUUGGACCGUCUGCCCUUGAUGAAACAGAUCGAGUUCUACUCCACGCCAUAGUUGCAACCACAAUGCGCUACUCGACGGAUGCUAGGCUAACAGAGGAGCGGCGAGAGCACUAUCACCGAGUUUCCAAAGAACGCGUUCUCCUUUAUGGCAUGGAAAAUUCCUCGGUCAAGGCGUUGCAAGCUCUCGUUAUCCUGGCGCUUGAUCUUUGUGGGAGCAGUAACGGUCCACCAGGGUGGAAUAUCAUGGCUUUGAUCACUCGUUCUGUAGUACAGCUUGGUCUCGCUGUUGAAAUCACCUCAUCGACUGUGUCGCCUCAUUACCUUUCAAUAUAUACACUUCGAGCCAUGACACUCUCGGAACCCAAGGAUUUUAUCGAAGAAGAGGCGAGACGGCGUCUAUUUUGGAUGAUAUAUCUUCUGGACAGAUAUGCGACUCUUGCAACUGCUUUUGAAUUUGCUCUGGACGACAAGGAGAUUGACAGGACAUUACCGUGCCGCGACGACUUGUGGAUCAAGAACCAAAAGGUCGAUACCCGAUGGUUCAGCACUGACCUACACUCUGGUUCACCCGGUCAUGAUAUUGAUCAGCCAGAGAACCUGGGUGCAUUCGCCUACUACAUCGAAAUUCUCGGUAUUCUAUCCAAGAUACACAAAUUUCUUAAACAGCCAGUCGACAUUAGUGCCUUGAGCGAUGUAGAACAAUGGCAGAUGCGGUACAAGGAACUGGACAACAUGCUGACAUCCUGGAAGUUCAGUCUUCCUGGUGAAUUUGGAAAUAUGGCAAAACUGUUCCAUCCAGGAAGUAAAAGCAUCAACUGCGCUUGGGUUAUGCUUCAUGCCACCUACCAUACGGCCGUUAUUCGCCUCCACUCGUCAGCUGCCUAUCCUACAACGAGGUCACCCAUAUUCACUCCAUCAUAUAGCGCGUCGCAACGAUGUCAUGGUGCAGUUGAAAAUGUGGCUGCCCUUGGAGAAUUUGUUGUGAACAAUGGGAUGCUAGCAAAGCUGGGUCCACCAUUUGCUUUUACUCUCUGGGUUUCGGCUCGUCUGCUCCUUGUUCAUGGCUCAACAGUUGAACAUAAACUUUCACCACAGCUUCCGUUCUUCGUCGAUAGUCUGCGUGAAAUGGGUCGUUACUGGCCUGUUGCAGCACGUUAUUCCCAGUUGCUGCAAAGAGUCUUGGAUGAGCAUCACGAUAGCGAGCGACAAGGUGACGGGAUUACGCCCAGUUCGGUCAAAAUCCUUUCUGAUAUGCGACGCACAGCAUUUGACUUGGAUUUCCUCAUCUCGCGGCAACCCAGACAGCCUAGUGCUCUGAGUAGGUUACCCAGCGUCACACCCGCGAGGACACCCGCUCCCAACGAGCUUGAGUAUCUUGACGUGUUCGACUUUUUCAACGUGCCUCGACUCCCUUUUGGGGGUGAACAUAUUUCUGGCACCAACGGAACACCGGCUCCGCCAGGAGCCGAGAUGGGCGCGUCCAAUGAGAACGGAACGGGCUUGGGGGCGUCAAAUGAGUUUAAUAUAACCAACUUCAUGGUCGACGCCAACAGUGACUGGCUGUUCAAACAAGAGGGAGGGCCCAAGUAUAUGGCAGCUACAUAAAGCGCCGAUUCAGCAUAAGCUUCUUGUUGUUCACCGGUGUUGAAAAUCAUUUUGAGUUCUGGGCGGUUUUUAAUUAUCAGGAUACCCCUUAUUUAGGAUAUUAGCGGACUUCAAGUUGCUAGCGCGACAAGAUGCUCUAUGGCUAUGCCGUUGGAAACUUGUACAUAAAUUUGGAAGUGAAAAUAUGGUGGAGAAAGGUUGGAGCUAACAACGUCUACACGACAAGUACUUAGGAUUACGACUCACGGGUUAUGACAAUAAAGAACGACCGACAAUUGAUAGGACCUUUAUCAUUUCAUAUCAGGGAUUUGAAAUAUAUCGUAAAC